UAAAAAAUUAUUUCGGGGAAACACGUCUCUAAUUUUUCUUUUUCUGUUGUUGCCACACACAUACACAACUAUGCCCAAAGCUAUAAUUGCACCUUCUGUUCUCGCAUGCGACUUUGCUAAUUUGCAGGCCGAGGCUACGCGCAUGGUCAAGAAUGGCGCCGACUGGCUUCACUUGGAUGUCAUGGACGGUCACUUUGUUCCAAACAUCACCAUGGGUGCUCCUAUCAUCAAGUGUCUUCGUCCAUGCACCGAGGCGUUCUUUGAUUGCCACAUGAUGGUUGCUGAACCCUCGCGUUGGGUGGAGGAUAUUGCCAAGGCCGGAGGCAACAUGUACACAUUCCACAUUGAGGCUACCAAGGAACCCGUUGCAUUGAUCCAUCAGAUCCACAAGGCUGGUAUGAAGGCUGGUGUCGCUGUUAAGCCCGGCACGUCCGUCGAUGUCGUGUUAGGUGAAGUGGCCGAGUUGGCUGACAUGAUCCUGAUCAUGACUGUCGAGCCCGGCUUUGGUGGCCAAAAGUACAAGGAGGAGUGUAUCCCCAAGGUUCUCACCUUGCGUCAAAAGUACCCUCAUCUGGAUAUUGAAGUCGACGGUGGUUUGGCUUUGGACACGAUCGAUUCGUCAGCACAGGGCGGUGCCAAUGUGAUUGUCGCCGGUACCUCAUUAUUCGGUGCACCCAAUCCUCAUGAAGUGAUUUCAAUUUUUAAAGAAAAGGUGAACGAGGCACAGAAGCAAUGGAUUUAAUAAAGUAGU